ACUGGUGUCGCCCGUGUGUGCAGAGGGAGUGGAGCCGCGGCCAACACCCUAAACACCGCCCUCCCCCCGCUGCCCUGGUGUUGCAAACCGCGCAGGGCCGAUCGGCUGGGAGGCUGAGUGACGUCAUUGGGAAGCCGCUUGGAUUUUACACAGGGAUCAGCCGCUUGAGUCACUCCUCCUCACCAGCACAUCCAGGAAGUUGUCCUGACGUCGAAUCCCUCUUUGUGUUCUCUGACUUUUUACCACAGCGAGUUAUUAAUUUAACUUUUAGCCACUUUCCACCUGGUAUUUAACGCCAGAGCUCCGCAGCGACGCCAUGGCUUUCGUCCCGGGUCAACCGCUCACAGCUGUUGUGCAACGAAUUGAGAUCCAGAAGUUGCAGGAGAGAAAUAAUUUGAUCCUGGGCUUCAGCAUCGGUGGAGGGAUCGACCAGGACCCCGGGCAGAACCCCUUCUCUGAGAGCAAGUGUGACAAAGGCAUCUAUGUGACCAGGAUAACACCAGGAGGACCAGCAGAGGUGUCAGGCUUGAUGAUGGGAGACAAAAUAAUGCAGGUGAACGGCUACGAUAUGACCAUGGUGACCCACGACUAUGCUCGUAAAAAGCUGACAAAGAAGUCCGAGGUUGUGGUGCGGCUCCUUGUGACCAGAAAGUCGUUGGAGCAAGCCGUCAAGCAGUCGAUGGGGCCCAAACUAACCCCACAGUUUGACAACAAUGUGACACGACACUACUAACUCAGCUGCCAAGAAAUGAACACGCUCAUGUAUGGCGAUCACACACACUCAGAUGAUGGUUGCACCGUGGCCUUUAUAACCAGAUUAUUGCAAAAAACCACAAACACAUCAGUCAGUUUAAUGUUCGGGUGACACAUCCCGAUGCUGCACAAGUCAGUUCUUACUUCUCCUGGUCGGUCAUCGAACAGUGAGAGGGCGCUGUCCCUUCCCACCAACACUAAACUCACCUCAAAGCUCCAGGGCUAUACAGCGCUGAAGCACUUUUAAUUUGCAGUGACAAUAUAAUACAGACUUUUUUGUUUUGUACUCAAAUAUCCACAUUUAAAUUUUAAGCAGAAAAAGAUUAAGGGUUAAAAAAGAUCAAUAGUCUAUGCAGAUAAUUACGAUAUUUCUUCUUUGUUAGAACAAGCAGACUCUCACUGAAAUCAGAUUUUUGGAAGGGUUUAUCUAUCUGCUCUUGAUAACACUUCUAUGGGAGCAAGCCGGUAUCAAUAUCCGACUCAUCUAUCAUCGUUUUCCACUACAAAUAUAGAUUUAAUGAAAACAAAAUCUACUUGGAUGUCAAUCUUGUUAAGAUUACAACAUCAAAUGCCAAAGCACUGUGAAGCAAUCAAACAUAUGAAAAGUGUUCAUUUCCUCUUUUUUAUUAUGGUAGAGUAGCCUGUCUAAAAUAUAUACUUUUUUUAUAUCACAUAUUAAUGUUUUCCACUAAUUAUCUCUUAACUGAGGCUAAGUUCCGUUCUAUUUAUCUUGUUUAUUGUGUGAUAUCCUCGUAGUUAAUUCCAUGUCCACUGUAAACAGAAUUCUGCUGGACCUACAUUUGGACGACACGCCUGACACAUUUCAAUAUGUCACUCUUCAUCAUCCUCAUCAGGUUGAGCUGGAGAAAGUCCAUGUUUUGACACAAGCAGAGUUUCUCACUGGAACCAGCAACGUGUAAAAACUUUAAUGGUGUAUUGAACUUGUUUAUUUGUCAGAGACCAAAAGUUAAAAGUGUAACUCUGAACCCUACAGGAAUGAAUGUUCUUCGUGUGCACACCAGCUUUUAACUCUUGUCUUAUGAUGCUUUGUUUGAUUCCAUUUAACAAUUCCUCUUUGGUUUCUACGAUGCAAUGAAAAUCUGUUGCCUCUGAUACACAACAUACUAACCCUGUAGAUGAGUGAUUUAAUACUAAUCAUUUACAAUAUUUUGGGUUUGAUAUAAAGGUUGUUUUUUACUUCUUAUGCUGGGAGAUCUCAUCGGCUCUUGUUGGGCUGAUCAAUUUGUAUGUGUUUAAUAGAACAAUUUAAACUGUUUAUCAGCAACUUCCAUUUUACUGUCUUGAUCAUUAGAUAAAGUUUUAUAUUGUCAUCACAAAAGGUUUGAAAUGCUCGCAUAAUAAUAAUCUUAUCUAAGAUUCUAAUCUUUCAGUCAAUGAACGACUUAUUGUGCUGUCAGACUGUAAUUUCAAGGACUGAGGCCUAACAAGGCAAACAUUGAGUUCAAAAAUGUAAAAUCUGGACUCAUUGGGGUUUUUGUUAUAUAUAUUCCAUUCAUCAUUUUGGAUACUUGGAGGGGGGGGUUCCAGCCCCAGGUUACAGACUGUCACUGCACGAACGUCCAUUCAAACAACAAAUUACUAACAGUAUUUUCUUUUUGAAUAAUUUUGUAUGUAAACUGCCAGCAGAGCACAAAUGUUCAGCAAUUGAAUGUGUACAGUUUUGAAUCUCUCUCAUAUAUAAAAACUCUGAGAA